AUGACUCUCAAACUUGCUCUUGGAAUUAUUCUACUGAUCAUUUCAUCGCUGAGUUUGAUAUUGAAUUUAUUAAUGGCUGGACUGGUUUUUCGUUUUGCAUUUGAUAAGUAUAGAAAUAAUAUCUAUGUUUUGUCAGCUUUCAGUAUUUUAUUCGAUAUUUCCCAUAAUUUCUUAACAAUUUCAUAUUUGGCACCUGGAAUGAUUACCGACGUAAGAAAUCAAGUGUUCUUCUUGACUCAUUGAAAUCAUUUUUCAGAGUUACAUCUACUCCAAUUCUCAAGAUAGUUCUAUCUCAAUUUUAAUUGGAACAUUAUUUGUGUUUUUAUGGAAUAUCAAAAACGCUACUCAAAUCUUAAUUUCAAUCAAUCGCUUCCUAGUUCUCUGCUACAACUCUACUUUUUUCACAAAACUGAAUAUUUGUCUGAUCUACAUUUUGCUAAUGAUUCUCUGUGCUAUCAAUGCGUACGUUUCUCAAUAUUGGCUCCCAUGUUGCAGGUGAGGUUUUUUUUGAAAAAAGUCUAUUUAAAAUAAAUGCAGCUUCAUAAUUGAUCAACACUUCUAUUCCUACUCAUUCAUUCUUCAAAACGACACAUUUAACUACAUGAACUUUAGUGAAUUAUCAUUUGAUGGCUUGACAAUUAUAAUCACUUUGAUUUGUUAUUACAAGGUAUUUGAUCAAAAUAUUUUUCUACAUGAAAACAUAACCAACCUUAAUAACUUAUUCAGAUGCAAAUCUACAUAGAAAACACACUUCGAAAUUUACCAGUAACAAUGAUCAACAAUAUGCGAAAAAGACAGGCUUAUGUCGAAAUAAACUUUGCUGCUAUCUAUUUCGCUAUUGCGAUGCCUCACACCCUCACUUGGAUCAUUUUCAGAAUAGUGUUCUCAAUUUUUGGUGAAAAUUCGACUGUUUGGUAUUUUGGUCUAUCAGUUAUACAUGUUUUGAAUUGCAGUAUGCACGCAUUUUUCAUUUUUGUUGCAAAUCGAGAAAUGCAAUUAUAUGUUCGUGAUAAUGGGUAUCUAUGUAUGAAAGCGAAAAAUGAUGAGAACAUCGAAAUUCCUAUGCAGAUCAUAGAAUAA